AGCUGAAAAGUACUUCCUCUCAGUCAUAUGCUGUGCAUCUCUGAAGUCAUCUGACAAAACAAAUACAUGGAGAGGAUGAGAAUUCGAGUUGUAAAGUUUGUGCUGUCACUGGGCUAUUUCAGCGUUAUCUCUUUGGUUCCCUGCUAAUUGCACUGUUCCCUGAAGCUGUACAAGCAAAAUAAAGAAGAUGCAGUUAGUUGAAGCUGUGAUCUUUCUGGCAGUGCUACUGUCAUCUGUUUUCUGCAUGGAAGGGUUUCUGCAGAAGUGGCCAGUGCCCUACAAGCGUUUUGAUUCUCGUCCUAAGUCUGAUCCCUAUUGUCAAGCCAAAUAUACAUUUUGCCCCACUGGCUAUUCUGACGGAUCUAUUCCACUAAUGAAAAAUGAGGAUGUCAUAGAAGUGUUCCGACUUCAGGCUCCUGUAUGGGAAUUUAAAUAUGGCGAUCUGCUGGGUCAUUUUAAAAUUAUGCAUGAUGCUAUUGGAUUCAGAAGUUCUCUGUCUGACAAGAACUAUACAGCAGAAUGGUAUGAGCUUUUCCAACUUGGCAACUGCACUUUUCCACAUCUCAGACCUGAUAUGGUGGAGCCAUUCUGGUGUAAUCAAGGAGCAGCCUGUUUCUAUGAAGGAAUAGAUGAUGAGCACUGGAAAAGCAAUGGCACUCUGGUUCCUAUAGCAACACUAUCAGGGUCCAUGUUUAACCAGAUGGCCAAAUGGAUGAAAGAAGAUAAUGACACUGGAAUUUAUUAUGAAACGUGGACUGUGCAGGCAUCUCUAGAGAGAAACUCGUCCGUGUGGUUUGACUCGUAUGACUGUUCUAAGUUUGUGUUGAGAACAUACCAGAAGUUAUGGGAACUUGGAGCCACCUUCAAUAGAAAGAUCCAAACUAACUACACUCGCAUUUUUCUAUACAGUGGAGAGCCUGUCUACCUGGGGAAUGGCUCCUCUAUUUUUGGCCCACACGGCAAUAAGUCCUUGGCUACUGAUAUCCAAAACUUUUACCUACCCUUUAGACCUCAUCAGCCAUUUAAACAACUCUUACUAAGCAUUCUAGAAAUGUAUGGUAAAAUUGUCCUUGAAAAAACAUUUUACCUCUUUUAUAAUUUUGAAUACUGGUUUUUACCUAUAAAAUAUCCCUACAUUAGGAUAACGUAUGAAGAGAUUCCACUGCCAGCAUAAAAGUUUUAUAAGGAUAUAGCAACACAGAUUUUUUUAUUCUUUUUAUAUUUCUGUAAGAAAAUGGUUAUCAUGGGGUAGAAUAUUGUUUUAUUAAUUACAUUCAUAUUUUUGUUUAUGGACUUAUUGAAAAAUUUGCUAAUAUAUAUUUUCUGAAAGUUUUAGCAUUUGUGAAAUUAAUAUAAUAUUUACUUAAAGAACAAUUCUUCUAAAUAUAGAAUCUAUUUUACAUAAUUGGACAAAUACAUGUUUUCAGUGAAUUACUGACUUGCAUCAUCUUGAGGCACCACUUAAAGUACAACUGUUUUAAUAUA